CUCAACAAAGAAUGUUCUCUAUUCAUUUCUGUUCCACGAACUUGAAAUAAUAGGUUUCUCAAUUAGUGUGUUCGAAAUAAUUAUUGCGUUCGAGGAAAGUGGUGGAGGUGAAAAUAUGUAAUAUGUCAUAUAAAAAUAUGUAAAACUCUUUUCUUUACAAAUAUCUUUAAAAUGUCUCUAUCAGCAGAAUUUCGACAUAGUAUCAAACCGUUGAUAAUUAUGAAUUCGAUUUUUACCACUGGUCUGGUCGAAUAUUUUGUUGAUAAUAAGAUUAACGGAAUCGGUAUUGUUCAUGCUUGUUUUUCAAUCAUUUUCUACAUUUCGAUGACCAAUGUUCUUUCAUUUUCCUCGGUAACGUUUCAAGAUGGAAGACCGUUUCUUAUAAGAUUAACAUAUCAGUUAUACAUUUAUAACGAUUACACAUUUUACGUUGUCACUAUUAUCGCUGGGAUUCUCAGAAGAAAGAAGAUAAGACACCUCACGUUACAAAUAGAAACUUGUAUUCGAACUAUGGAUCAAUUGAAUAUACCUAUGAAUUUGUCUAAAUGUUUAUGGCAACAAUAUUAUAUGAUAUUAAUUUUUAUUUUCAUCUUAAUAAGUAUGAUAACAAUUGAUUAUAAAUGGCUAUAUCCUUCCGAGACUCACAUCUGGUCAAUUUUUAUGACAUAUUACAUCGAACGUUAUCCAUUUAUCAUAUUAUUAGUGACUGAUGUUACUUUUGUAUUCUGGAUGAGGCAAGAAGAUACAUCUGGAACUAAUCAAGUGUGCUAA